AUGUUAUAAGAAGCGUAUUUCAUUUGUGUGAGUGCAUAAUGUCUAUAAGAUAGAAUUUUAAAUGAUUGGGACUCAAUUGUAGCACAUUAAAAUGAAGGUCAUGAAAUAUUAGAAAAAGAAGAUCUUAUUACUACCAUUAAUCUUAAACUUUAUAACAAAAAAACUACUUUACUUUAAGAUUUAUUGGCUAGGAUUCACAGAAUUAUGAUUAAUCAUGAAGAUGCAUUGAUAUCCUUGAUUAAUCAAACAUUUUUUGAUACCUAUAAAAAUUGGAAAGAAUAAAUUCAAUCCUAUUAAUAAUUUUAAGAUUAUUUACUUCCUAAUUAAAUUGAUUAAGAUACUACAAUCACUAAUCUUAUUGAUGUUUAUUAAAAUUUGGAUAAUGAAUAACUUUAUUUUUUCAAAGAUUGUCUUUAUCAAACAGAAAAUCAAUAUAAUAAAUUAGAGAAAUCAAUUAAAAUACAUUUAGCUAAAACUGAUACAGAAUUUAAGAUUCUAUAACAAUCAUUAUUGAAUUAGAUAUAGGAAAAUAAAUGA